GCCCUGUCCAGUCGCCUUGGUAUUAUGGCAGAGGGACAGCUCCUGACGGUGGGCACAGCGCAGCAGAUCAAGGAGAAGCACGGCAGCAGCCAAGAGCUGGUUUUGAGACUUCGCCCGGAGAGUGAGGAAGCCCUGAGCCAAGUGAUGCGGGAUAUGAGCUCUGAGCUCGAGGCAUCCAGCGUCAUGGCCAUGUUGGAAUCUACUCCAUGGCGAAGGGCGGCGUACUACCGGCCUCGCUGCAUCGUCCGACUGCAGCUCGAGCAGCGAGGCUGUGUCGAGGCCUCCGUGCUGGCGGAGUGGUGGCUACAGCAGGCCAAAGGCCAUGCCAUCGAAGAAUUCCUGCAGUCUCUGGCAGGCGAUCGUGUGGAGUUGGCCGAAGACUUCGGGCUGUAUUGGAGGUUUCGCUUACCGCGAAGCGGUUUAAGCCUUCCUCAGCUCUUCCAGCAGCUAGAGGAGAACUCGGCCCGCUUGGGCAUGGACGAGUACACCGUGUCCCAAGCAACGUUGGAGCAGAUUUUCAAUAGCAUCACCGAAG